AUGGCUUAUCAUGGGAUUAAGGCUGGCAAUCGCAAUAGGCUGACAGGGCCAUAUACUGAACCACAGACGAGUGACAUGACAGAACUAAUACUGCCAAUAAUUUCAGAUCGGAUGUGCUUGAAGAUUGUUAAGGCGAAAGAUUGGAAACAAGAUGGAUUUAUACCCAUCGAUGCUGGGCUUAAUUGA